AUGGCUGCUCCUUCAAGCUCUAUUGUCAUCAUUGAUCCCGAUGGGGAUCUGGUACUUCUUCUAGGGCCGGUGCCACUUUCGAAUCGGAUGCAUCCACUUCAAGCCCCCGCAUCGACGUUCCUAAUGCAAACAUCCUCAGUCCAAAGGCAUCCAACAACCCUGGCGAAACGCAGAAUGAAUGUAAUCAACUGUCCAGUCUUCAAGGCUAUGUUGACGGGGGAUUUCAGCGAGGCUGUUGAACUUAGAGAGAAAGGUAGAACCGAGAUACUACUUCCAGAUGAUGAUGCGGAUGCCAUGAUCACGUUGGUCAAGGUUAUACAUGGACGAUUCAACUCAGUCUCGAAAUUCCCCAAUUUAAUUUUGCUUACCAAAAUCGCCAUCUUGGUCGACAAAUAUCAAUGCCAUGAGUCAACCAAGUUUGUAGCGAAGGUUUGGGCUGCCAACGAUCAUCUUGAACCACGUAGGUGGAGCCAGGACUGGUACGAUAUCGCUUGCUGGAUAUGUGUGGCAUGGGUAUUUAGACUAAAUGAUGAGUUCAGAGAUGCGACGGAGGAGAUCAUCAGAUAUAGUGGUGUGGGGCUUGGAGCAAUAUUGAAGGAGAAUGAUCUGGCUUUACCAAUCCCGGAAAGAAUUAUCAGUAAGGUUGCAAAUCAGAUGAAGGAUUCUCGAUCGCUAACACGUUUCAAAGAUAAGAUAGACGAAAGCCGUGAGAAUGCCGUAAGCCAACUCAUCAAAGUUCUCAAGGAUACAAUAUCUAGGUACCAGGGCCACAUUUUAAUGUGUCCCAGCCACAGUUUGCGACAUGUCUUGGACAUAAUCUCUCACAGAGAAACCUGCGAUGCAACGGUUCUUGGAAGUCUCAUAAAAGGUGCCACGGAGAAGGGACUGUUUCCGUUUCCAGAAGUUCCAUUCAAUAAUUCGCUGCCGUUUUCGGUAGUAAGGGGCGACAUCGAGUCACUAGAGCCCCGGACUGCCUGUAAUGUAGUUGUACAAGACGAGUCAUUGGACCACGAUGUCCUGAAAAUGAUUCAUCAAUCUAUCGAGCCCAUAGAUGAAAAUACAUCUGGAUUGAGUCUGAAAGAUUGCAAGUAG